UUACGAGGUUGUACUUUUGCCUUUUGCCCCCUUCCGUUUUAUAUCCAUGGCUGGUUCAUUUAUAAUCUCAGAUUAUUGAUGCCGUGGCAGAGUACUGGAAUUGGGUGUAUGAGGCCCUCUGCUGAGGAUCGGGCUACGGGGAACCUAAAUUUGUUAGGGGAGGCUGGAAUUUUCACGUUUUUGGGGUAGUGCUUGAACGACGGUAGCCAUGGACGAAAUUCCAUCAAUGUUAACUAAUCCAUUCCAAUUUGACUCGCUCUCGUUUUGAGUCUUCGAUAUCCAGUUGAUCUCAGGUCAAUUUGUGCUCCUACCGCAAGCAAAGGUUGACAAUGGUUAGUACCAGAGGCAAGAAAAUAACUAGUAGCUCCAAUGACACUGUUGGGGAGAAUGAAACUGCCAAAAAUGCUUUAACUGAGAUGCAAACUUCUAAUUCACCGGUAGCAAAGUUGGAAGAAUCAAAUAGUAGUAUCCAGGUAGAAGAUGAACUAGAAGCAGCAGUUGAAGAUGCUAAAAAUGAGAUAUAUGAAGAAACAGAUGACAAAGAAGAAAAUGAAAAAAUGAAGGAAGUAGAAAACGAUGAUGAAAAUGAAACAGCUACUGAAACUAAUGGUGAUAAUUUGGAAGCAGAAGAAACACUUGCUUCUGAGGAUGAUGGGAGACAUGAUCAAGAUGUAAUACAGGAGGAUGAUAACUCUGAAGACAGUGAAGAAGAUAUUGCCACGGCUGAAGAAAAUGUUUCAGGAGGUGAUGAAGUUAGUGACGGGGAGGAAAUUGAAGAGCAAUACUUAGGUGUGGAUGGGAGUGAGAACGAGGAUGGGGUUAGCGAAGAAGACAUUGGAGGGGAAGAUGCUGAAGUGUCCAAUGAAGACAUUGGAGGGGAAGAUGAUGAAGUGUCCAAUGAAGACAUUGGAGGGGAAGAUGAUGAAGAGGCGAAGGAAGGCAUUGGAGGGGAUGAUGAUGAAGAGGCCAAUGAAGGCAUUAGAGAGGAUGAUGAUGAAGAGGCCAAUGAAGGCAUUGGAGGGGAUGAUGAUGAAGAGGCCAAUGAAGACAUUGGAGGGGAUGAUGAUGAACGGGUCAAAGUGAGUGAAAUAGAGGCAAUGGAAGAACAUAAUCAAGCAAAUAUCAAAGGAAAAGAAAUAGUAAAAGAAGAUGAAAAGGACACUAAAGAGCACAAUACAGUGGAACCGAAAGCGAGCUUGAAGAAGAUUAAAAAAUCAAGUCAAAGAAGGAAAAAGAAGAAACAAGCUCCAACUGAGAAAGAAGUUAUCUUCAGAGAUAAGCCUGAAUCAUCAAGCAAGAAAAAGGCUAAGAAGAAAAUUGAGAGUAUGGGAAUGAUUUUCAUGUGCAGUUCUAAAACAAAGGAUGAUUGCUACAAAUAUAGGGUUCUUGGGCUACCGGAAAGCAAAAAGGAUCUUGUGGUUAAGAUAUAUUCUGGCAUGCGGCUCUUUUUGUAUGAUGUUGAUUUAAAGUUGCUGUAUGGGAUCUACAAAGCGGCCGGACCUGGUGGUUAUAAUAUAGAACCCAAGGCAUUCAAGUCACAGUUUCCAUCUCAGGUUCGAUUUACUGUUAUGGAAGAUUGCUUGCCUUUAGCCGAGGAGAAGUUCAAGAAAGUCAUCAAGGACAACUACUACACAAAAACCAAGUUUAACUGCAAACUGACUUCAGAACAGGUUAAGAAACUGUGUAAGCUGUUUAUAGCUUCAAGUAAAGGGCAGAAGUCCACACAGUUAAGCAGGAGCCGUAAAGAAGUAAAACCUCCACGAAAGACGAAAGAUUCUAAGCAGAGAUCUGGUGACAAGAGACGCCUUAGGUCGAGGGGAGACCCUCAAUCCAACGAGCGUCCUCGUAAACGGGCAAGGGAGAUAAUCAUGCCGGUGCCACUGCUGCCGCCAGCUCCUCCUCCAUACGCCAUUGGCAGAGCUUCUGAAGUGGAAGCUUAUCGUCGGGGUCCAUAUUUGGAGAGCCGUAUAAAUCCACUUCCCAGCCAUCGAGAUUCUUACAGAGAUUUGAGGUAUCCUCUGGCAGACUACAGAGACGGGCGGGGCGAGUAUCUAGAGAGGCAAUAUCUCACCUCUUAUCCCGAUCGGGGUUUGAAUUUGGAGCCUCGUGAUACGUACAGAGACCUGUAUAAUCGUAGCGGCGACGCUUACAGAAACGGGCACGAUCCCUAUCUGGAGCGCCAACUGUACCCUGACCAUUACAAGAGGGAUCCGUUGCCAGUUCGUCCCGAGGUUUACAGAGAUGAACGAGGGCUUGAGCUGCGCGAUCCUUAUCAGCGAGAAGAACCAUUGGAUCGUCGCGACCUGAGGCCGCGACACCAUGACAUUGUUGGAUCAAGCUCCGGCUCUGGCGCAGGCUCCUUUGUUCCAUACCGGGGGCGCCUAUCGUAUCCCGAGCCUGUUUAUUAUUUGGAGCGGGAACCUUCUCAGUCGAGCCGAGUACGUCUCUAUCGACUUUAGGCUGUGAAAUUAAACUUGUAGCACAAAAUGAGGGGUGGGGGGGGGGGGGGGGGUAGGGG